AUGAAGAUCAAUCGCAACACGGUGUUGGUGGGACGGAGGGUGGUGUUGGUGCCCUACCGGAAGCAGCAUGUGCCCCGCUAUCACGAAUGGAUGAAGGAUCCGCUGAUCCAGGAGCAGACCGCAUCCGAGCCGCUCUCGCUCGACGAAGAGUACGAGAUGCAGCAAUCGUGGGCAGUCGAUGAGGACAAGCUCACGUUCAUCAUUCUCGCGCGUUCCGAGGAGGAUCAGCAAAGCGCAGUCGAGGACGUUGCAUCGGAUGUGAACGUCCAAAAGCUCGUCUCGGAAGGCAGGAUGGUGGGCGACGUGAAUAUCUUUUUCAACGUACGCCAUCAAGAGGACGAGGAGGAGGACGGGGAAGGAGGCUCGUUUACAACGAUGAAAGAUGACCAGCAAGCACCAUCAAGGCAUAUUGUCUUCGAUGCCGAGUGUGAGAUCAUGAUCGCAGAGCACGAUUGUCGUCGCAAAGGAAUCGCUCGAGAAGCAUUGCAGAUGAUGUUCUCAUUCGUCACAACGCAUCCUACGCCCAUCGGCAAGGCAGCUUCAGACACACCCUCCGAUACAGCACCCGUUCCACAGCCGACAAACGGGCCUCACUGCACGCUCCCGAUACCCGCAGAUUGGCUCACCUGCAAGAUCUCCCUCAAAAACACGCCAUCCAUCCACCUAUUCGAGUCGCUCGGCUUCAUCCGCCAGAGCGUCAGCGAAGUGUGGCAGGAAGUCGAAAUGCGAUACAACAACCCCAACCCCAGCCUUCAGAAACAGUCUGACGAAUCGAUUAGACAAGUGCUCUUCUGGCCAGAAGAAUGA